ACGGAGCUGCUGUAAUACUCUAAUUCUGACAGCUACACCAUCAGCUCUACAAAUACUUCACAUUUAACCCUCAAAAUCAAAAUCCAGAUGCCUGGAGGCGUGAGAAAGAGGUUUGUUGAGGGUUAUAUUAGUCUGUUAGUGUAGUAAAUGUGAUUGAUCAGUAGCGGUAGCUGGUUAAAGGAGAACAGCACAUCUUUGUUUACAUUGCUAGUUCAGUUCCAGCAGCUUUCAUAGUGCCGCUAUAAAGUCUGUUAGUGCUCAUUACAACAGUCUGGAAUCCUCACAAGUGCUUAUUUCCCUCGGGUUCGGCUGAAAAGUGUUUUAUUUGUGCCUGUGCUUCACUGGACAUCAGUAUGGGGAUGUGUUUGCCCUGUUUGAAUGGAGCUGAAGAUGAUGUAGUAGUCACACCAGACCCUGAGAUGAGGAGAAGACAGCUGGCUGAAGCUGCAGAGAAGAGACAGAAAGAGACGACCUACAGAGGCAUCAAAAACCCAGAAGCCGUGGAAAGGAAAAAGAAAAAACAGGAAGAGAUGGAGAAACAGACCGUGAGCUCUGCACCUGCUGGAGGAGGAGGGCUGAAGUGGCAGGUUGGCUAACAGGCUGCAGGAAGAUCACUGGUAUGUCUACAUCGGGGGUGACCAUCUGCAGUAUUUCCCACUGACUUCAGAGAUUUUUCAAACUCUUUCUUUUUCUUUUUCUUAUUUUGAAGUAUACACAAACAGGGGAGUGUGUGUAGAGACUAGAAUUAUUACCAAGCUCCCGCACAAAGCUCCUCCAUGCUGUCUGAGUGGAUUCAGACCACACAACUUUAAAAUGCCAAGAUGUGCUAGCCAGUAGAAUUGUGAUUUAACAAUGAAUGUUUUUGUACGCAAACUGUUCACAAUAUAAUUUAUGUUCAUCAAUAAUUUUCACGCACACUGCAUUUAUACCAAGGUGCUCUCUAUUUUUGACAUUGAUUUGUUAAAGAACUUGUUGAAUCUGAGAUCUCAUUGUCAUUUUAAUACACAUUUAUAUAACAGAAAAGCAUGUUUUGUAAUGGCUUUAAGAAUCAUUAAGUGCAUAUUCAGUCAUUUAUAUUUAUCAAGUCAUGCAUAAAUUACAAGUCAUGUGUUUUGGUUGUAGGUUUAUAGUGCAUUUUGCGAUUAUUCAGGACUGUACAGCAUGUGUUUGAUAAUUUUGAUAAAUGGUUGAUAUUUAAGAGUGAAGUUAAAAUUGUGAAUGAAGGAUAUUUGAUUAUUUGAGUCAGCACUUUCACUGCCCCUUGAUUGUAUUUGCAUACAGCAGUGGCGUAGACACGGGUGUGCCAGGGUGUGCAAAUGCCACCCAAAACAUAAGCUUGCACACCCAAAUAAAAAGACUAUAUAUACAUUUUUGAAUGCUUAAUAAUAGUAUGUAGGGGUAUAAAAUGCAUCAAUAUAAUGCUGACGUACAUCGAUUAUGGAAUAUAAUGAUCCAUUUGAAUGACUAUAAUAACACCCAAUGCAUUACAGAGGCCGUCUCAGAUUACAUGCGCACUCUCACAACUGAAGCGGAGCAACAAGCGUGCACUUUAAAUAAAGUUUAUGCUACCGA